AUGCGACACUCUCGCGUAGCGGACGACCCCUCAGAAGCCGUUUCGCAACCACAUGUAACACUUGACCUACGGCAGCAAGCGCAUGCCGAUAAUGAUAGAUUUGGUUCGCACAUUGAGGCAGCCCAGGCAAGGAAAUUCAUCCCACCACAUCUGGGCAACCCUGGUUUUUUUAUUCUCUCCUCUGCUGGCGGCCUAAUUGCCAAUCAAAAGAGCUCGCUUUUUCCAUGUGCCUUCUGUCCUGUGUUUCCGUAUUCAAUUCAUUGCAAAAAUACAACUUUGGGUGAUCCAUGA